UCAGUUUUAAGCUGUCCAUAAAUUUCGGCUUUCUUUUUAAUAGAUGCUUUCAAGUGAGGUGGGUAAUAAUGUUUAAGGUCUUUUUAGUUAUAAGUUUUUCUGGUACAUAAAGAUCAAGAGAUGUUAAGAUGUUAUUUAUGAGAUGAUUAUAUUUGUCUUCCAAAUAAAAACUUUGUGCGGAUAUGAUCGGAAUGAUAGAAGAUAAAAAUAUAUUUAAUAAAGAUGUAUUAGCUUUAUUAUAUUUUCUAUAUUUUAUUGGUUUGACUUCUUUUUUGAUUAUUGGGAAUAACAAAUCAAAGAUUAAAGCAUCAUGGUCAGAGUUAAAUAAAGACCCAUCAACAUGUAUAUCAUGA